GGAAGUGUAAAUAAGAAAAUUUCUUAUACAGAUAUGAAUCGAAUUACAGCGUUAGAAAUAAAAAAAGAAACAAAGAAUAGCUUUUAAGAAUUAAUGCAGGAGUAGUUAGUUAGUUUUUACAACAAUGCAGCUAAUUUUGCACCUACAUACAUAUGUAUAUUAAGUGUUAAGAUUUCAUGUUAGUGGGCUGUUUUUGUAUCUUCGCCUUCAGAGCGACCCAAUCUGUUUUUAUGAAAUCGACCGCAUGCUCCGCUAUCAUGAUUGUGGCGGCAUUUGUAUUUGCGCUGACUACAUGGGACAUAAUGCUAGCAUCUGCCACACGUACAUUCCAUGCUCCAUGCAAACGCAAUUGAGAAUUCACACACGUAGUGACGUCAGUUGGUGGACCCAUCUUCACAGUGCCUGCUAUGUGGAAAUCAGUCGUGGUGAAAUAUUCGGCUCGGUUCACUAUCUUGUUGCAGUCAAGAUUCCCACCCGCCUCUGUGCAGCAAAAACCGCACGUCAACAAACACAAGGAAGGUUCGACGUCGAGAAGUUGCAAUCACAGCAGACAGCCGAACGAUUUUCUACUCGACUUGCACUCCUGCUCUGAGAGCACUCGUCAACAACUCGCUAUAAAGGAACUGUGGUACGGCAUUUCAAGCUCCUUACGUACAUCUGCAAUCGGAAACAUUGAUUUUCGGAAAAUGCAAAAGAACAGUUAGUAUGACGAGGAGUGCCAUGUCGCAGCGGAGAGAAAACAGACUGCCUGCCUCGCAACGUUACAAUCGACCACAACACGUGCAGGAUGGGAUAGAUACCGAGAGUUGAAGAGGGAAAGAGAGAGGCCGAAAUGCGUGAGUAUGAAGAGCUUGACAAGUUGACCGACCGGAGUAAUGCUCGAAAAUUCUACGAAACGAUGCGGCUACUAACAGAAGGUUUUAAGACCGGAGCAUACUCUUGUAGAACCUCAAAAGGUGAUCUACUAAAAUUAUGUAGGAAACACUUCUCCAGCUUGCUGAAUGGCGGUGAAAAUAUAACGCCAGGAAAAGGCGAACCCGAUUUCCCAAUCGAUGGCGAUGGAGCAGACGUUCCAUUGCCCGACCAUGAAGAAGUUCGAAUAGCAAUUACCCGCCUGAACAAACACAAAUCGGCGGGGGCCGAUGGAUUGCCGGCCGUGCUACUCAAACGCCUGUAAGUCGACAUAUACUAAUAAGAACCGAUCGAGAGUUACAGUCGGCCGAAAAUACAAUCGCUCAUUGUAGUUAAUUAUAUAAUAAGACACCUACUUCCGUAAACAAUGGCCUUAUACAAAUCGCAGUUAAACAAUAAGUCGCCUACACGCGUUUCGCGUUUCGAAAUUGGAACAACAGCUUUCAAAAUAUGAUCUUCACAAGUUUGUAAAUAUAAUCAAAAUACCCGUUAUGGCAAGCGCUUCGUUUCAGCUGCCUUGCGCAUCGCAGAGCAUAGGUACUGUCAACAGUUUGGUGUCUACGUUGGUCCAAACACUGCUAACAGCACAAUGUGCUAUUUCAGCAGAGCCGAAUUGGCCAAAGGACUAUGGUGAUACGGCCGUAAAGGAGGGACUUGGAAAAUACGAUUUCAUUGUGGUAGGCGCCGGGACAGCAGGUUCGGUGGUGGCCAGUCGUUUGAGUGAGAAUCCCAAGUGGAAAGUGUUGGUGCUGGAAGCUGGCGACGACCCGCCACAAGAGUCAGAGAUACCUAGCUUGACUAGUACUGUGCAGCAAAGUCCUUACACCUUUAGUUACUAUUCCGAACCGCUUCCGCACAUUUGUCAGGGGCUUGCGCACCGCCUCUGCUAUCAUCCACGCGGUAAGGCUAUAGGUGGUUCAGGAGCAAUCAACGGAAUGAUGUACGUGGAAGGACAUCGCAAGGAUUUCGACGAUUGGCUGGCCGCAGGCAACACAAAGUGGGGCUGGGCGGAUGUCAAGCGCUAUUAUGAGAAAGCGGUGCGCCCAGUGGGUAAUGCCACACAUCCAAAAGGCUAUGUAGUGCUGAACGAGAAUUACUCAGACGAAAAAUUGGCAAUAGGCAACGUUAUCUUCAAUGCCACCGCAGAGUUGGGCUUACCACGGUUGGGAAAGCUGGAGAAUGGCAUAGAAAUAGGUACAAUGUAUUUGCCAGUAACGGCGAGAGUUGGUAGACGUAUGUCCACGGGCAAAGUGCAUUUGGCUAAAGUGUCCGGGCGUCCCAAUUUGCACGUGAUAAAAAAUGCGCAGGUGCGCAAGAUACACUUCGAACGUGGCGGUAAGGUAGCUACCAAGGUAACGUUCGUGCUGCGUGGCGUGCAUGAGCUAAGCGCCGAAGUGCGCAAAGAGGUAGUGCUUUCAGCUGGUGCUAUAGAUUCACCAAAGCUGUUGCUCUUAUCCGGCGUGGGCCCGCACAAGCAUCUCAAAGAGUUGCGCAUUCCAGUCGUGCACAACUUGGCGGUUGGCGCGAAUUUGUGUGAUCAUGUUAUCACUACGAUCUUUUUCAGAUUACCCAAUAACACCUUAGUUGAGCCCACACAUCUUAGUUUGCGCCCAACAGAUGCCAUCUACGAUUAUCUAAUACAUAAUCGAGGCAAUUUGAGCGGCAUUCCCAGUGGACUUACGUCUUUUCUAAAUACCAAAGGUGACAGCACGGUUCCAGACAUUGAGUUCCAUUAUAAUCUCUAUCGAAGUGAAAAUAGGCAACUCUUCCAAGGCCACCUGGCCAGGCGAGAUGAGAAGAUAAUUGCGGGCAUAAGUCAGCAUUUCAAGGACUCGCAUUUGAUAAACUUCAUGUUGAUACUCGCCAAACCGCGUUCCGUUGGCAAAUUGCGACUACGCAGUGCCAAUUAUCUAGAUACGCCACGCAUGUACUCCAAUUACCUUGAUGAUCCUGAAGAUAUAGCGACUAUGAUUCGCGGUAUCCGCUUUCUUGAAAGGUUGGAGCGCACGAAGACCAUGCGCGCACUUAAUGCAACUCUGCUUCAUAUACCGUGCGACGAAUGCGACAGCUAUAAGUACCUUUCGGACGCCUAUUGGCGCUGUUACAUCAAAUAUAUGGGUGAGGGAGGUUUUCACCAUGUUGGCACGGUGAAAAUGGGACCAAAGCGCGAUCGGGACGCUUGUGUGAACCCACGCCUACUGUUGUAUGGCGUACAGAAUUUACGUGUAGCGGAUGCCAGCAUUAUGCCGGAUGUGCCACGGGCCAAUACCAAUGCGCCGGCGAUUAUGAUCGGCGAGCGUGCGGCAGUAUUUAUAAAAGAGGACUGGAACGAGUGCACGCAGCUAGUGGAGCCGAAGUGAGAAUAUCAAUAUAAAAAUAAACUCCAAUAAAUAACUAACGUAAUUGUGUUUACUGGGCAAUGAAGUCGCCAACCGAGCGGAAGUUUGGUUUUUAAGUGGGAAAAAUAAAUAAAAGAAAGUUAACUGUGUUGUAGGAAUUUUCAGCAUUCGAAAGCAACUAGCUUUAUACUCGUAGCUAUUCGGAUUGAUUUACUCUCUAUAAUAUAGAAUUUCGAAAAAGCUCAACGUUUAAAAAUGUUUUCAAAAAAUUUGAAAAUUAUAAAAAAACAAUAAAUUUCAUGUCAAAUCAAAAAUAUUUCAAAAU